UGUAGGUUAAUGAAUGAUAUUUCACUUUUCCCAAAAGAAACAGUGCAUCGGCGGGAAAAGUUUGAAGCACUCAGCGACGCCGGUGCGCCUGAACGAUCUGCGUCGAGGGAAAUUCAUCAAGCUGGCUCAGUCGAUGCUGUGCCUGCGUGUUAUUUCCCAUCUCGCCAGGGCUAUACUAUCUUCUCCGCAAAAAAGUUAUCGCUCCUCUUCGUCUUCGACUCUCAAUCACUUGCGAAACUCAUUCGACAACGACGUCCGAGCUGGUAGCGCGGUUUAUCAGCACGCUCUUAAAUUCCAGCGACCCGCCAUUAUUGAGUGGUGCGAACAGCUCGACAAUACUGUCAAUUUAAUUGGCUCCGUCACUCGCAAUCCUCAGGUUAUUUAUCGAAAGACCGGUAUUUCUGGCGUGCACACUUCGCUAAGGGUGAAACCUUCCAACGGCUCGUCCUUCUGGGUUCUUCUGUUGAUGUGGAACGGUGUGGGGGAAAUUGCUUCUAAGCAUUUAAAACAAAACGAUUUUAUCUUUGCUUCCGGUCAUUUAGAGUCUUACGAAAAGGUUGAUGAGAGAGGAAACAUCCAAUUGUUUUAUAAGGUAAUUGUCAAGGAGUUCAAUUUUGUUGCUAAAAGGCCAUGUUACGCCGGGCAUAAGGUAUUAGAAUCUGCUAAGGAGAAAAGUACUCGCAUCCAAGAUUAUGAAAACCGGCUUCACUUGUGGCAAGUGUUUUUUACCAAUCCUCAUGAGUGGUGGGAUAACAGGAAGCGCAAGUCAAAUUCGAAGUUGCCUGACUUUAAGCACAGGGAUACUGGCGAAGCUCUGUGGCUGAAUCAAGAUGACCCUCCGUGGGUUAAAAGACAACUUGAAAAACUUGAUUCAGAAAUUGCGGAAGGACUUCUAGGUUCUUGUUCUAGAGUCACUACUUGGGUUUACCAUGAUUAGCAAAGCAAAAAACGCAAUGAAAGAAUACGAUUAUGGUCUUGGGGCAUGGUUUUGUGCUUAUGACUACCAUUUGGAAAGGCAUUAGACCGAGAGCCCUAUCAUAAUUUUUGCUCCAGGGGAAGGGUAUAAGAGAAGGGAAAUCAUUUUAUCAUUGUUGUAACAGGAAUCGGGGAAGCUUGUAAGACAAGCUUUUGUCUGUACAUAUAACCAUAUGUAAGUCACAGGAGAGGAGUCAGUGUAAGAUAUCGUUGUAGAAUCCUAAAUACCAAUUGAAAUGUAAAUUUUCUCUCUUUUUUC